UUUGUAACUUCAUGUGUAACUUCUUACAGUUUACACAUGUAAACAAAGCAGUUUCAGGUUAAACAGUAACAAAGCAGUUCUGGAGCAGAGUGCAGAUGAUUAUCAGGAAGACCUUUGCCACAAUGUCAUGGCUCAAAUGCACGUUUACACACACACCCCUGAUCUAAACACGUACUGGAGUGGUUAAAGGGACGUUAGGCCAACCGGUUCCUGUUCCUGUGUGUGAUUUGAGGCUUUGGUGCAAACAAGAGGCACUUUAUGGAUUGAAAAAGCUGUGUGAAGUCAGUGUCAGUCAAAAUGCUCAUGUACAGAGUGCUGACUUUGUGUUCAGUGCUGACUUUUCUGGAUUUGAUCUCACAACCUGCUGCAGCUCAGUCUUGUGAAGGUCGCUGUGGUGAAAAGUUGGCGUCCUGUUCCUGCCACCCGACAUGCGAGACCUUACUGAACUGCUGCACGGACGUGAAACAGUUCUGCCUGGACAUCUCACCUCACUCCGGUUCUCUGCUCGGAGGAACCGACUUCAAACUGCUCAACGUCAAGUUUGAUCAGAACGUCAAGCUCACCUGCAGGUUUAAGUCUGAGAUCACAACUCAGGGCUACGUGGAUGCAGAAGGCGUAGGUCACUGUAUCUCGCCCCUGCUGUUCGAGUCCGGCUGGAUCCCGUUUAAGGUUUCCACUGACGGACUGAACUAUAACCGAGCUGGACGAUGGCUCUCAGUGCACCACAGUAAGCUGAGUGCGGAGUAUAAGCUCCUCCUGGUGAACGGGACUCAAUGGCAGUAUUACGGUACGCCGGGCGUCGGUGGGAUUCUCCUGAUGGUGUGGAAUUCGUCUCUGAUUAAAGCUGCGAGAGUAAACCUUGAGCUGUGGGGCUAUGACGAGUUCGGAGAGCCGUAUACCGAUCGAUGGAGGGCCGAGUGGAAGUAUCUGUACUCUGUAGGGAAGAACGUGAGCAAUAACGGGGCGUUCAGCUUCGUCCCAACACCCAUGGAAAUGCCGCUGGCGCUGUGGCACAUGGGCAGCAUGAGGGUCAGUCCAAGCACCGAACCUGAUGGAACAUGGAACGUGAACGCUCUGUGGAGUGGUGAUCAUGCUCUGGCUUAUCACCUGGAGGACGCCUUCAGGAAAGAUUCUGCAGCCUGGGCUUUGGAAAAGUGUCUGAAGUGGGAUGGAGAGGAAAAUCUGAUGCCCAGUUUCCUGAAUGAGAUCAUCGAUUGCCCCUGCACGCUGGCACAAGCCCGAGCCGACACCGGCAGGUUCCAUACAGACUACGGCUGUGACAUCGAGAAGGGCAGUAAGUGCACUUAUCACCCAGGAGCUGUGCACUGCGUGCGAGGCAUUCAGGGCAGCCCGAAGUACGCAGCAGGUCAGCAGUGUUGUUAUGACAAAACCGGAGCUCAGGUUCUCACCAGUGACUCGAUUGGGGGAAGUACCCCGGACCGAGGGCACGACUGGGGGUCACCGCCGUACAAAAAGCCCCCCAAAGUGCCAAGUUUCUCCCACUGGAAAUACGACGUGAUCACGUUCUACUACUGCUGCCUGUGGUCGGAUAACUGCGAGUAUUAUUUCACACACCGCCCGUCCAGCGACUGCAGGACGUACCAGCCUCCGAAAGCAGGUGAAGAAAAUGCUUUUAUCUUAUAUGAUCUAAUACACAUACUUCCUGUCUCUUUUUUUUUUUCUCCGAGAGGAUCAGUUUGCGUUACGUGGUUUUCCAAUUUUUUUUUUCUUUCAGCCUCUGUGCUCGGUGAUCCUCACUUCAUCACGUUCGACGGUUCCACGUACACCUUUAACGGUAAAGGAGAGUACGUCCUGCUUCACUCACCGGAGUACCAGCUGACAGUGCAGGGCAGGACUGAGCCAAUGAAAUCAGAGAACGGCUCUGUCGUCAUGGCGACGCGUCUCUCCUCGGUGGCCAUGAAGGAGAAUAACUCUGACGUCAUCGAGGUGCGUCUCGCGGAUAAACCGGAUCACCUGCAGGUCUUACAGAACCGACAGGUGCUUAGUUUCUCUGAACAGACCUGGAUGGAUCUUGAAGGUGUGUUUGUGUUCUCGGCGGUACCCCAGAACGUCACGGUGAUGUUCCCCUCAGGCGCAGGGCUGGAGAUCCGAGGUCGCGGCGGGGUCAUGACCCUGACUGUUUUACUGCCGCAGGAGUUUAAGAAGAAGACGCAGGGCCUGCUGGGGAAAAUGAACGACGAUCCUGAAGACGAUCUGACCUCCAGCGACGGGACGGUUGUGGGCGGAGACAGCAGCGCUCAGGACAUUUUCACAUUCGGAGCAGGAUGGGCCAUUACAAACGAGUCCUCUCUCUUCACGUACGACUCGGAGCACCUCCUUAACGAGUACUACUUCUCCCCGAAGCACGAUCCGUCGUUCAUCCCGCAGUUCUCCGUGAGCGAAGAUGCGUCCGACCCGCUCCUGAAUCCCACGCUGAAGAUGUGCGUAGGGGACGGAGCUCGGUUCUGUAAAUACGACACGUUAAGCACACGAAGUCUGGAGCUGGGCAACAACACGCUGCACGCUGUGCGCGCUCACGCAGCCACGACGCAGGACCUACAGCCUGUGGUGUCCUGUGGCUGGAUACAGCCCCCCAAACACGGGCAAAAAGAAGGAACGCUAUAUUUGGAGGGGGCUAAUGUCAGAUUCUCCUGUAACCAUGGUUACCGCCUCUACGGCUCACAGGAGCGCGUAUGUCAGGAAGACGGACGAUGGUCAGGAGAGGAUACACACUGUGUUUCAGUAUAAGUCCCAGUCAGUGCUCGGUCAGUGCUGUAGUGUAGAGCGCAAUUCACUGAAAUACACACUAUGUGGCAGUGUUUACACACCUUGAAGGCUGUGCGUUCAGUGUUCAGUAGUGUUUCCUGCUCCUCCUGAUCCUUGUUCAAUGGGUGGAAGUCAGUACAUGCAAAAAAUGUACAUGAGCUAAAUUGUUUUAAAGAGUAUAGUUAUUGUGUUUAAAGAAUAAGUAAGUGAUAAACAGUCAAUUGUUGUUGUUGUUUUUCCAUAUGACAAAAAUAUUACUAAAAAGUAUGAGCAUGCAGAGUGUUCGUGCAUUAUGGUGGCAAUGAUCAAUAAACAGAAACGUUACAUGA